AUGUACUUUGACAGGCUUGGCCGGAAAACCUGGCUUCAGAUUGGCACAGUUGGCAUGUUCUUUGCCCUCAUCGGCAUUGCCAUGCUUCUGCGCCAUGCCGAAAGCCACCCUGGAGAUGCAGCCAAUAACGCCAUUGUCAUCUUCCCAUAUGUGUUUUACACCUUUUUCAACAUGAGCUGGAGCUCCGGGUCUUGGAUCUAUGCCGCCGAGAUCUUUCCGAUCUCCCUUCGUGCCAAAGGCAGCGCUCUGUGCACAGCGUCACUUUGGGUAUCGAACUUCAUCGUCGCGCAGACGACUCCACCCAUAGCUAGCGCCAUUGGAUGGGGGCUCUAUAUUCUCCUGGCGAUGUUCUGCGUCAUCGCGUUCAUCUUCGUCAGAUAUGCCCUGAUCGAAACGAGAGGUCGUACGUUGGAGGAAAUGUCUCAGAUAUUCGGCCUCGAGGAUGUCGGUGGAAAACGAGCCGAUGGCGAUGCAGAAUGUAAUGAGUUGCUCCGCUCGAGUAUCGAUUCCGUGCGAGAUGACGACCAGGAAUGA